UAGUGCCGUAAAAUUUCAAACAGCAACAGAGUCAGCGUGCUUCUUUCUCAUACUGUUCGUUGUUGAUAUUGUUUUAGUAAAAUAAAUUCACAGGAUAAAACUUGAUCAUGGCGGGUGUGCUAUUCGAGGACAUUUUCAACGUCAAAGACAUGGAUCCGGAGGGCAAAAAGUUCGACAGAGUCAGCCGAUUGCAUUGCGAAUCGGAAUCAUUCAAAAUGGAUUUAAUAUUGGACAUUAAUUCUUGGAUAUAUCCAAUGCAACUAGGCGAAAAGUUUCGUCUAGUUUUGGCUACGACGUUGAGGGAAAACGGAUACCCUGACGGCGGAGAAUGGAACCCGCUGGAGACCGAAGGAAAUCGAGCAGAUAGUUUCGAAUAUGUCAUGUCCGGAAAAGUAUACAGGAUAGAAGGUGACGAGGCAGCGAUGGAGCCGGCAUCCAGAUUAGCGGCCUACGUCUCGUUCGGUGGCCUCCUGAUGCGGCUGCAAGGGGACGCGAACAACUUGCACGGCUUCGAAGUUGACCAGCACAUGUAUUUGUUAAUGAAGAAAUUAGCGUUUUAGUUCUAUUAUAUUAUUUGUAAAAUUAACUCUAAGAAAUAAAUUUGUAUAUUUUUAA